AUGUCCGUCCUGCUGGAGACUUCUGCAGGGGAUAUCACUGUCGACCUGUACCUGGCGGAAGCGCCCAAGUGCUGCGAGAACUUCCUAAAGCUCUGCAAGAUCAAGUACUACAACUACUCGCCCGUGUACAACGUCCAGCCGAACUUCUCCUUCCAGAGCGGCGACCCACUUGGCCCCGAAUCAAAAGACAGCGAUGGAGGAGCGUCGAUAUGGGCGUUGCCAGAUGGCGCGACCAAGCGAGCUGCCAAGCCAGAGAGAGCAAAAUUCAGGCCUGAAUUCUCCAGCAAGAGAAAGCAUACUGAGCGGGGCACUCUCAGCAUGGCUACAACUGCUUCAAAAGCCAAUCCAGAUGAGCGCGUGGCCAGUAGUCAGUUCAUAAUCACACUAGGCGACAACAUCGAGCAGCUCGAUGGCAAAGCAGCCAUAUUUGGAGAGGUUGUGGAAGGCUUCGAUGCGCUCGAGAAGAUUAACUCUGCAUUUGUGGAUCAGAAAGGGACACCUCUUCAAGAUAUAAGGAUAUUACACACCGUCGUUUUGGAAGAUCCAAUCGACGAUCCACCUGGCAUCGCAGAGCCACCGGGAAGUCCAGUGCCUUCGGAGCAGCAGCGCGCAACAGUUCGGAUUGCUUACGAUGAGGUUCUGGAAGAGAACAAUGACCCUGAACAGCUUGAGAAGAUCAGAAGAGAGCGAGAGGCCCGUGCGCAGGCGUUGACAUUGGAGCUCAUCGGUGACCUACCUUUCGCGGAUGUUACACCCCCAGAGCAGAUUCUCUUUGUUUGCAAACUGAACCCGGUUACACGAGACGAAGACCUCGAGCUGAUCUUCUCUCGAUUUGGCAAGAUCCUGUCUUGCGAAGUUAUCAGGGAUAAGAAGACUGGCGACAGUCUGCAGUACGGCUUCAUCGAGUUUGCGAACAAGGAGGAUUGUGAGCGAGCUUACUUCAAGAUGCAAGGCGUACUGAUCGACGAUCACCGCAUCCACGUGGACUUCUCACAGAGUGUUUCAAAGCUCUCUGCAGAUUGGCGCAACACAACCAAUUCAAAGACUGCGAGGUCGCGAGGUGGAUUCGGUGGUAUUGACAGCUUGGAGAAGAGGAAGCAAUACCGCGAUGACAGAGGCAGAGACCGUGACGGCCGACAUUACGACUAUGUCUUCGAGGAGAAACAAAAGGAGCGAGGGGGCGACCGUGACGAGUAUGGGAGAGAUGCGCGAAAGCAGCGCUCGAGAAGCCGCAGUCCAAAGAGACGUGAUCGAUACGAGGGCGAUCGAAGAGACGACAGAUAUCGCAGCGAGCGGAGACCUCACCGCAGUCGCAGCCGCGACAGGCAUCGAGACGAGCGAGACAACCGUUCGAGGCGGUAUUGA